AAACUUUUAGCUAAGAGGAAAAAAAAAAAAAAGAAAGAAAGAAAGAGGGAGAGAGCAUGAGUUUUGUUAUAAAAAAUCACGAGAACAAGGAAAGAUAAAUGAGAAAAAAACAAAGGGCAGUUGAGAAUAUAACUAGGCUUAUCGCAUGUUUGCUUCACGCAAGCAGCUAAAUGGGGGAGGGGUUUGCUCUGUCGCGUGGCUUUAAAGACUUCAUCUAGCGUUUUAAGUCCUCUAUUAAAAACCCCAAAUACCAGAAAGCAACACCCACCAACCAAACCCUAGACCACCCGGACCCUUUCUUCUCCUCCUCCUCCUCCUCCUCCUCCUCCUCCUUCAAGUAACCCGUGCAAACAAACCCUAAUUAUGUGAUACCAUAUUAUUUGUUUUCUUUUCUCUUUUUCAAAAAUAGAACGAAAAGAAAUGAGUGCAACAGUAAAUCCUAGCAGUAGCGGCGGCAGUGGCAGUAGCUGCGGCGGUGGUGGUGGGAGCAGUAGCAGCAGUGGCGGGAGCGGGCCAUGUGGCGCGUGCAAAUUUUUGAGGAGGAAAUGUGUGCCGGGGUGUAUAUUUGCGCCUUACUUCGAUUCAGAGCAAGGUGCAGCCCAUUUUGCGGCGGUGCAUAAGGUUUUUGGUGCAAGUAAUGUGUCAAAACUUCUUCUACAUAUUCCUGUCCACAAGCGACUGGAUGCGGUGGUUACAGUUUGCUACGAGGCUCAGGCUCGUCUAAGAGAUCCAGUCUAUGGCUGCGUCUCUCACAUCUUUGCUCUACAGCAACAGGUGGUGAAUCUACAAGCAGAGCUCUCAUACUUGCAGACCCAUCUAGCAACAUUAGAACUUCCGUCACCACCAGCUCCUCCGCCUCCACCAGCAACACUAGUGACUUCGCCUCCUCUUUCAAUAGCUGACCUCCCAUCAGCCUCUUCCGUGCCCGCCACAUACGACUUGUCGUCACUUUUUGAUCCGAUGACACAACCUUCAUGGGCCAUGCAGCAGCGACAAAUGGAUCCACGUCAAUUUGGAGGCAGCACAGGCUCAUCAUCAGCAACUAGUGGUGGUGGAGAUCUUCAAUCAUUGGCACGUGAGCUCCUCCAUAGAAAUGGAUCGCCACCGCAAGGUUCCAUGUCAUGUACUGGUUCCCUAUCAUCACCAUCAAUCUCUAAACGAGACUGACCUAAAUUGUUAACUGGUUCUUGCCACAAAAUUUGUACUCAUCGGAUGGUAGCCAAAAGUGCUUAAUUUUUCACACAAUUUCACUGGACAAUCACAGUUUGAUGAUUGGUUACAAUUUUUACUCCAAUCCUUGGUUUAUUCAUUUUCUCAAAGUUCAAGUGAAAUUCAAUAUUGCUUUAUUGAA